AUGAGCAGCGGCAGCAUCGAUGGCGACACGCGAGACGCUGCGCUCCGCGAAGGCGGACAGAUCAACGCUCAACACAAGCACAAGAAGAGGAAAGAGCAUGCCUCGACGGGCUUCACGGCGGCUACCAUCCGUGCCUUGAGCGCCCGUCUUCUUACUUUUUAUUUCAGAGCUCCCAUCAAGGCAUUUUUCAGGCCUCGAAUAGAGGCUAUGCUCGCGCCAUCAGCCCAGCAGUACAAGCGGGGGAGGCCUGGUCAUGGCGAAUGA